UCUCUCAAAUCUGCCAAAACAAAGAAAUUUCUAGUAAACUUCCCCUUUCUUCUUUCACCCUUACCAAAAACCAACUGAAAAUCUUAGUAAAAUACAUGUAGUAAUCCUAUAUCUCAAUGCACACUGAGAUGUAGCAGAGUGGAAAAAAAAAAAUCCAAGAAAAGAGUUAGUACAAUUUUCUUAUUUUCCCUUUUAAGGAACUGUAUUCAUCUUCCCCUAAAUAUCCAAGAAAAUGAUACCAUUUUUCAUAGUUUGUUGAAAAUUCCAAGGUAUUGUAUAAUCCUAGAAAAAGGGUCAUCAUCUUCUUGGUUUCUUGUUAACUUAAAGGUACUAUUUUUGUGUUCCUCUAAUUCUUAGUUUCUGUUUUUAUGGCUAUUUUUGAUAGAAAGAUGCUAGUAGUUACUAUAUUAAAACCAAAUCCAUUAGAAACACCUCCAAUUUUUUCAGAAAAAAAUACUAUGUGUUUGAAUUGUACACCAGAUGAUUGUCCUGAUGAUUGUGUUCCUUAUUUCCCCCCUCCUCCACCUCCUAUAACAAGUGAUAAAUAUCACAUGCCUUUUUAUUUUAUUUUAAUGCUUUGUGUUCUUGGGGCUGUUUUUGUGUUUAUUUGUUACAUGUUUUCACUUAAGAGAUAUAGGUCCAAUUCUAGGAAUAGGAGAAAUAAUCUUCAACAAUUGAAUGAAAAUAGAGAGGAUUUUAUUGAUGAGAAUCUUGGACCAAUGGUUGAUCAUCCAAUUUGGUAUAUACGUACUAUUGGACUACCACAAGAAAUAAUUGAUUCAAUUACAGUGUUUAAGUACAAAAAAGAUGAAUCUUUGAUUGAAGGAAGUGAUUGUUCUGUUUGUUUGACUGAAUUUGAGGAAGGUGAGAGUCUUAGGUUAUUGCCAAAAUGUAGCCAUGCUUUUCAUAUCCCUUGUAUUGAUACUUGGCUAAGGUCACACAAGAAUUGCCCGUUAUGUCGCGCUCCUAUAGUUUCUGAUAUGGAUAAUAUACCUCAAAUGAGUAAUGCUGUGGAAGUUGUAUCGAUCAUGAAUAUUGGUGGUGACUCUAGUCCAAAUGAAGUUGAAGCUGAGAAUGGAAGGCAAAGUGAUCAACUCGAAAAUCUUGAAUCGAGUGAAGAAGGAAAUCAUGAAAAUCUUGAUAAUGAGGAGGGGAGAACGAUGGACCUAUCGAUGAAAAUUCCACGUGUUGUUGAUGAAAGGAAGAAAGGGGUUCGUGUUUUUAGCGAUUUGUCUGAGCACAGAGUCAAAGUGAAUGAUGAUCUGCAGCCAGCACGAAGAUCGGUCUCAAUGGAUUCUUCUGCUGCUAAAAUGAUUCAUCUCGAGAUGAAUCUUGAAAAAAUUGAAGGGGGUUCGAGUUCAAAUGAUCAACUUGCAGAAGGGAAUAGUAAAGGGAGUUUAGAAAUUAUGUCAAAGAGAGGAAGCAGAAAUUCAAGUUUGUAUAAAGUAAUGAAGAGUUACUCCUUUGGGCGUUCACUGCAAAAAGUUCCUAUUAGUAUGAAGAGGUCUUUCUCUACUAGUGGAAAGUGUUCUUUGCCAACAACUAGCAGGAUUCAGGAUCUAAGACAAACAAUGUAAGAACAUUUCAUUUUGGUUCUUGAAUUUUUCAAGUGGGGUUCAAGAUUUUCCCAUAUAUAUAUAUAUAUAUGGUUGAGCCAUUUUCUAAGCUGAGGGUUUAUUGGAAACAACAUCUCUAUCUUCACAAAGUAGGGGUAAGGUCUGCGUACACACUACCCUCUCCAGACUCCACUAUGUGGAAUUAUACUGGGCAUGUUGUUGUUGUGGUUAUAUAUAUUUGAACCAUAUGAAAAUAUUUAAGUGUAAACAUAAUGUUCCAAAUAACAAGGAAUUUGGAACAGCUGAAUCCAGCAAAGUGAGACUCUUCAAAUGAAGUUCUUGGAAAUAUUUUGGCUUGCUAUUAUUCAGUGAUUGCACUAGCUGCUACUAUAUAUUUGGAGCAAUUGUAUUAUUUUUUUUAUAUCA